CCCACCCACAGUGCCUGGCAACUAAGACCAGACAGAGGUGCAGCGGGAGAUGGACGAGCCUCCGCUAGAGGUUCCAGAUGAAUCCUUGAACCAUGAAAACGCAGACCAAACCCCAGAUAACCAGAAGACCAACACAGAGGAAGCAGGCCAGGUCCUUCACAGAGGUUCUGAACAUGCUGGGGUUGGAUCCUCUGAGCCAACUGGUGACAAGGUUUCAGGCCAAGGCGCUAAUGCAGGGUAUAGACAGGCCACCCGAAGAACUUCUGAAGAGGCAGAGCAAAGAUCUUCUCAGCCAACUGAGCAAAGAUUGCCUGGCCUUGUGGAGAGGAGAGCAUCUCAGCCGGCGGAGCGCAGGCUCUCUGAAAGGAGAACCUCACAGCCACCCAGCCAUCCACUUCCCAGCCUAUCUGAGGGGAAAACCUCUGAGAGGAUAGAUGGCCAAGUGUCUUUGCCAUCUGGUGGGAGGUCUUCUGAGCAGGCUGACCCAGGAAGUUCGGAGCAGGAUGACCUGAGUUCAACAGAUGAAACUUACUAUGCUUCAGGAAAGAGUCAACGCCAAACGGAUUACUGGUUUGAAGACCCUAGUAAUCCCCACAGGCUCAGUGAGGAGAUUGAAAGGGACAUUACCCAAGUUAGGCGAACAAUAGAAAAUCAUUCUGGCUACCGCUCAUACUACAAAACUCUUGCCCGCACUGAGAACCAAUCAUUAACUGAUAUCCAUGACAUCAGAGAAGCUGGCCAAAGAGUACAGCCUUGCACGUUUGAAGACAAUGAAACAGACAUCCCAUCCAAAGUUUCAACUGCGGAUGAAACAGAAAGCACAACCACUGUCCAGGCCUACACCCCAUACGACACUGAAAUCAUGACAGACACCCAGUCCUCGCGUGAAAAGCUCCCCUCCAUCACAAACAAAGUGUACUAUCCCUCCAGUCCAGAAAAAAUUCGAACCACAGAAUUCACUGCUGAUAUCACUACAGAACUUGAGCAAAGAAGGAGUUCUCAAAAAUACAGUCAAAGUUACAGAGGACGGUUCCCUCUGAUCGUUUUUGAUGAUCCCUACCAGGUUGCACUCCGCUACAUGGAGAAGCACAGUGUUCUUCAGAUAUUCCAGCAGAUCACUGAAAAACUAGUCUAUGAAAUGCCAGACGACCCACUGCGUUUCAUGCUAGACCAGGUACAGGACAUGAUCAGACACAGAGACGAAAGGGAGGAGGACAUGAUCAGACACACAGACGAAAGGGAGGACAUCUGAAGACGGACCUCCCCGCAGCACUGCUUACUGUCAACAGUGUCACACUGUACUCCACCUGCUCCCACUUGAAAAAUGAGUUCUCAGUAGGCGUCGGUGGUAACUCUGCCUAAAUAUGGUCUUAAUUUUUAGGUCAGAAUAUAUAGAGUGCCUUUGUAAAUUUCACAGAACAAUUAUAGAAAUCUCUGGAUAAUCACACAAAAUAUACACGUUACGGCUACUCACGCGUUGAUAUUUCAACACUUACUCCCACAAGCCUGAACUGGAAUAAGGUCUCCAAAGGGAUGAGUGAGUGCUCGUAACCACGCUCAACUCUCAAAGAACUCGAGAACCUCACACGGCCCUAAGCUGCUCACGAAACUCCAGUUGGAAAUGUGUGAGAAACAUUUUUUUUUAUCCUUUUAAACAAAUGAUUUGUGUCAGGUAUGAUCCAUAUGGUGGCGAGAAAAUAUUAGUCCCGUUUUCUUUCUAACAGAAAUGCAUGUUACAGAAUGCAUGUUACAUUCUGUCAUUAGUGAAGGAGAUUUAAUCUUCUGAUUCUUGGCUGUCGGUAAAACCCAGACAGGCUCUACUACCCUGGACACAUCUGUGCAGGUGAAGCAAAAAUGUCACUUCCUCCUCACCUUUAUCCCCUAAAGAAACCUGUAUCAUGUGUAAUGUGUAACCAGUCAGACUGGUAUCUCACAGCGGAAAGCUUUAGCCCAGUCUAUCUGGAACUAGAGGAUCUGGUUGGGAAUCAUUCUUGAGACGAUGGUUUGAUUCUUUUGUAUGCUGAACAUUCUUCUGUGUGAACAAUGAGGCUGACUUGAUUCUUUGUAUGGUUAGCUAACAAUGUGGUAUGAUUACGUGGCUGUAUGGCCUGAGACUUCAAUCUCGGACUCUACUGCAUUGACUCUGACACCCGUUUCUCCUAGUUAUUAUUCCCAAGAGUCCUAUAUGAUUCCAAGGUCAUGUACACUUUUCUUUAAGCUGUUCAUAAAACAUGCAUGUGUUCAAACUCAAUAAACGUGUUCUCUACUCAGAUAAA